CGACAGUAGGUAAAACCAGCCAAACUUUGUAUUGAAUAUGAAUUAUGAUAAAAUGUCGUUGACUGUUUGAAUAGCUGUGACUAUCGUUGGCGUCGUGCAUCUGAGACGGAGCCGCUGAACGGGAGAUACCAGGCUCCGUCCUGUCUUUCUUCAUCCAUCCAUACAUCCAUCCAUCCCUGUCCCUGGUGUAGACACCGAGCACCAUGUUCACUGAGGUGCUGGUUGGUCUAGUGAUUGGAGGACUCAUCUUCUUCCUGGUUCAGAGGCGCAGGAACCAUGUUCUGAAGAUAGAGGAUGGCUGGUGGGGGGCUGGAGCGCCCCCCGAUGGUGAGGAGGACGUCACCAUCCGCCCAUUUAAAGUCAAAACCAGUGAUGAAGAGCUGGAGGACCUGUACAGCAGGAUAGACCAGACGCGUCCUGUGGACUCACUGGAGGACAGCCAGUUCCAUUAUGGCUUCAACUCCCAGUAUUUGCAGAAGGUGGUCUCUUACUGGAGAAACGACUUUGACUGGAGGAGACAGGUGGACAAACUCAACCAGUACCCCCACUUCAAAACCAAAAUUGAAGGCAUUGAUAUCCACUACCUGCAUGUGAAGCCUAAGAAGGUGCCAGAGGGAACUACUGCGAUUCCUCUGAUAAUGGUUCACGGCUGGCCUGGCUCCUUCUACGAGUUCUAUGGGCUGAUCCCGCUGCUAACAGAACCAUCAGACCCGGACGACCUUGUGUUUGAGGUGGUGUGUCCCUCCAUCCCAGGGUAUGGCUUCUCUGAAGCACCACAUAAGAAAGGCUUUGAUUCGGUUUGUGCGGCACACAUCUUCCACAAACUUAUGAAGCGUCUGGGCUUCCAGCAGUUUUAUGCUCACGGAGGAGACUGGGGCUGGCUGGUCACCACCAACAUGGCUCAGCUGGACCCCAAGUCAGUCAAAGGCUUGCAUGUGAACUUUGCCCCUCCCUCUAAGCCUGGUCUGUCCGUUGUUUUGUCCAUCAUGCUCGGCCGUCGCUUCCCGAAGCUCUUUGGCUUCACUGACAUGGACAUCCAGCGUCUCUACCCUUGCAUGGACAAACUGGUGGUGGAGACCAUCAAAGAGUCUGGCUACAUGCACAUCCAGGCCACCAAGCCUGACACCGUCGGUCGAGGACUGAAUGAUUCUCCUGUGGGUCUGGCUGCCUACAUUCUGGAGAAGUUCUCCACGUGGACGGACCAUGACUUCAGGAACCUGGUGGAUGGAGGACUCACCAGGAAGUUCUCUCUGGAUGACCUGCUGACUAACAUUAUGAUCUAUUGGGUAUCUGGAUGCAUCAUCCCGUCUAUGAGGUUCUACAAGGAAAACUUUGGCAAAGGCCUCGACCAGCCCCACUCUAAGAUACCCGUCUACGUUCCCACCGGCUUCGCUUGCUUCCCCAACGAGCUGAUGCACACGCCCAAACUGUGGGUCAAACAGAAAUACCACAAGCUCGUGACCUUCACUCCCAUGCUCCGCGGCGGCCAUUUCGCCGCCAUGGAGGAGCCCCAGCUGAUGGCCGAGGACAUCCAGAAGUUCACCAAGACAGUGGAAAAGAAAAAGAAGUAGUAGACAGUGCACUGAGGAGCAGGUGAAGGAAGUAAAAGUAAAGUGUGAAAGUACUGAUGAAUGGAUGGAAGGAAACUGGAACAGUGGUGACGUAAGCACUGUGUAUAAUAUAGUGUAGCUCUAUCAGUGAGAUUCAAACAAGCAGAAGAGAAAAAAUAAAGAUUAAUUCACUGGAUCUGUUGACUCCAAACAUUUAAGGUAUAUGGACAAACAAAAUUAAAAAAAAAAAAAACAUUCCUUGUAUAAACCUCCAUCUUCAGGUUGUAGGAUUGACUCACGAUGUGUCAGCCAGGGUGAAAGCUGAAUAGAGUCAGGAGCUGCUGUGCUGCGCGGCCUCGUAACAAGCCUCAGUGCUGUUUAAAGUCAGGAACCAGACACCGGCAUCCGUUCAUGACGUCUCCUCCUGAUCCUCACCGUGUUCCUGACUUCCUCACAACAAGCAGUGCAGCCCUGAGAACAGUUUACCAAGCUGCAGCUGCAGAUGGGAGGUCAGGGGGCACCUGUUGUUGCAGUGUUGACAGCAUAGACAAGGUGCCAGGCAUUCCUCUAUCCACUAACAUGAAACAUCUUUACUUCAGCCACAAGCAUGAUAGUGCAUGAUUGCCUUAAACCUUCAGAUGAUAGCUUAGUUUUAAAUUAUAUUUGCUAGUGUUUAUAACACAUCAACAUCACUUUAAUCUCUGAUUGACUCUGAUUUGCUAACCUCAAUUUACAACAGCAGCAGAGACUAGAAGCACUGGUUCCUUAUAUUAAUUCAGACCUCUGUUAAAGCUGUGACGUUCAUUUCUUCAAAAGGUUUUUUUUUAUCUUCAGUUCUUAUUUACUCAUUAAGCUUCAAAUGUAGUUUGUUCUGUGAAGAACAGUGAAAAUGUGACUUUCUCUUUUUAAACAAUAUCAUUUCAAACGAUCUGCAGUGUAUGAUACCAUUUCAUUUCAUGAUGACCACAAUGACGUGUUGUAUCUCAGAUCGUGAUGUUUUUAUUAUUUGACCAAUUAAAGCUGAGUACUGAA